AUGCCGAAGCUUCGUUCCUCUGGGUGUGGUGGCGGUAGUGGUGGCAGAAAACAGCGUGGAGGUGUCGGCAGACAGGAUGACGAGAGCAGCUAUGAUGGCAGCAAGAGAGAAGACCGCGCUCCAAGCGUCGAAGGCGACUCUUCGUCCACCCACCACCACCAGUCCCACUCCCACUCCCAUCGUAAGUCGAAGAACCCACACAAGCAACAGCGAGGUCCGGCCGGUCCCCUACCUGUCCCGAGACACCCGCCCAUAACGUUCGGAACGUACAACGGUGCAAAGCAUGACGUACUCGGAGGUCCGUCAGGCGCCGCGCAGUGGGCCAUGGUCCCGUACGAAAGCAAUAAGGAGAUGGCGUAUUCGGCAUGCGACGAGCUGAUACCCUUUGGAGGGCCUUUCGGCGGCAGUUUGAGCCCACCCCCGGGUUCCGACCAGCCGUAUUCCAAGGCUUUCAGCUCUUUUCGGAUCGCCUACAGGUACGAAUACGAGAAGAAGCUGCCCGAGGGCGCGAUGGCCGAUAAGGAGAUGACCGAGCAGCUUAAGAGGCUUCAGGAGAAAAAGAAGCGGAUGGGUAGAAGGGACUAA